AGUAUUGGCUGUGGUUCUCUGUCUAUUAGAUUUUUUUAAAUUCAGAAGUAAUUUAAAAAUUGCAUUGAUCCUGAAAGCAAUAACACUUCCACUGUGGUCUGGGAAUAUCUAUUUUAUGUGUUGCAAAAUGAAAAUUCAGUUAGAAUGUAACAUUAUAAUUGGCUUCAUCAUUCUGGAAGACUUGGUAGCAAGUAUCUUCUGCGUUUUCACCAAAAGAUUUAAACAAAUAGUGGAUACAGUCUUGCUGUCCAUAUCGACAGCUUUUCUAAUAGCUGGAGUAGUUUUGUUUUUUGUAGAUCAAAAUAGUGAACUUUUGUCUGCAUUAGCUGCAGGCUUUUGGAACACUUCUGUUGUUAUU